UCGGCGCUGUAGUAGAUUCAGAGCGCCGAGGCUUUGGCGCUGUCCACAAGAGAGCAGGUUCUGAAACGCGCCGUGCGCUCGUUCUGUGUUGCGCGGUAAAGACCGAGGCUCGCCGCACAUCCUCCACUUCUCACCAGCGGGGCAUUCACACUGGACGAACAUUGUUCGGCGGACAUUAUCGUUUUUGACCCUCUCAGUGACCGAGACCAAUUACACUACCCUUUGAGCCAUCUGAGACUUUCAGUGGAUUUUUACUCAAGUGCAAAAGUUGCCUGUUUUUCUUCACGAGUUGUCUUGGACAUUCCACAAGAAAAAAUGCUUAUCGCAAAGGCUGUUUUGUAUUUACUAUUUAACUCUGGCAAACAUUUUGAUUCCGGUUCCUUAUGAUGCACUUUUUAAUUUCAUUCGUCCCUGGUCAUAUGUCUAUUGUUUGGGGACAUUUUUCCUGUCGGAGUUAUCUGCGUAUUUUUCAAAAAAGAGAAUCCGAAGGAGUUCUGAGGUAUUAGAUGAUCAAGAUGCAAGGAAAUCACAUUCAUAAGCCUUUGAAGUUGCGGUGAAAAUCAAGUGAAUGUUUUGGAUUCUCGUAAACCGAACCGGGAUCUUACAAUUCACCAGUAGAGACUGUUAACGACGCUCUGACAGCGCGAACCUCAGUUCACGGGUCACGGUCAGUGGAGCGAGGAUGUCAAGAUAAAUCUGCUUAGAAACAAGACUUCUACAUUUUAUUUUAACUUUAACCUGGACACAUUUCGGACUUAUUUAAAGCAGUUUAUUUUUACCAGGGUUUUUUUUAAAGUACUGCGUUUAUGAACCCUCUCGCUCACUGAUGUCCAUCUGAAUCAGUUCACUCUGGAUGUUGGGCCGCAAAAUCUGACCCUGCAGGGUUGUGUCCUGACUAUUUGAACUUCGUCUUAUUGAUGAUGGAUGAGAAAAAAUAUUAUUUAUGAAUGAUCUUUUUAUAUUUCUCUCCCAUAUCCAAUAAGCUGUUACCACACUUCUACCACACUUCAGGUUAAAUGGUCUAUUUUUAAACCAAAGUUUCUUUUGACUUCUAAACAGUUUAAACGGAGUUUAAAAGAAACAAUUUCGAACAGAACGGACUGACUACAUUCGCAUAAACCUUUAAAAGACCAACAACGGGACAAUACAGUUUGUUUGGUUUUAAACGGAAAGGCCUUUUCUGCUAACAGAUGGAAAUCCACUGCAAACACGACCCGUUCGCCGCAAUGCACAGGCAUGGAGGGGUGAAUCAGCUGGGUGGGGUGUUUGUGAAUGGGAGACCUUUGCCUGAUGUGGUGAGGCAGAGGAUAGUGGAGUUAGCCCAUCAGGGCGUACGCCCAUGUGACAUCUCCCGCCAGCUCCGGGUCAGCCAUGGCUGCGUCAGCAAGAUACUGGGCAGGUACUAUGAGACCGGCAGCAUCAGACCAGGGGUGAUCGGAGGCUCCAAACCAAAGGUUGCUACACCCAAAGUAGUUGACAAAAUCGCUGAUUACAAACGCCAAAACCCCACCAUGUUUGCCUGGGAGAUAAGAGACAGACUGCUGGCAGAAAGAGUGUGUGACAAUGACAGCGUUCCUAGCGUCAGCUCAAUCAACAGGAUCAUUCGCACUAAAGUUCAGCAGCCACCCGGUCAAUCAGGAGUUGUCUCCACCCAUAACUUAGCCUCUACAGUAGCAGUGACUCAAGUGUCGGCAGUAACCAGUGAUGCCGCAGGCUCCUCCUAUUCCAUUAGUGGAAUUCUGGGAAUUAGCUCACCUGCUGAUGCAAGCAAGCGGAAAAGAGACGAAACUCUACAGGACUCUCCUUUGGCGAAUGGCCAUGGUCACUCGGGGCGGGACUUUCUGCGCAAACAAAUGCGAGGAGACCUCUUCACGCCGCAACAGCUCGAGGUAUUGGACCAUGUGUUUGAUCGACAGCCCUUUCCUGAAAUGCACUUCACCCCUGACAACAGCAGCACCAAGCCCGCCCAGACGCCUGAUUAUUCAGCUAUGGCAUCUCUGGCUGGUGGAUUGGAAGAGAUGAAGAACAGCUUGGGCAAUCAGACGGGAGCAGAGUUGGUUUCCACCGUUGCCGGACCUCAAUCAUAUCCACUAGUGUCCGGUCGUGACCUGGCCAGCACCACACUCCCUGGUUAUCCCCCUCACGUUCCUCCGACUGGGCAGGGGAGUUACUCCACACCCUCCCUCACAGGAAUGGUACCCGGAGGAGAUUUCUCCACCAGCCCUUAUUCCCAUCCUCAGUAUUCUACAUACAAUGAGUCUUGGAGAUUCGCAAACCCCAGCCUACUAGUGUUCCAGCAGGAGUAUGGUUCUUUACUGGGUUCAGAGAGAGCAGCUUCAUCGGGUCUGUUUCCUGGCCAAACCCCACAACCUACAGGAUCUCCAUACUACUAUAGCCCAGCCACACGAGGGACAGGAACGGCUGGCACAGCAACUGGCACUGCCUACGAUCGCCACUGACCAGCCAGGCAGAAUAGACAAGAAAUCAAAGUGGGAGAAAUGCAAAGAGAGCACUGAUAAUGGAUUAUAUACAUGCCUAUACAUGGAAGAGGAGUAAAGGAGGAGCAGGAUGGAAAAAUGAGAAAGAACGAAGAGGUGACAAUGUUUCCUGCCAGUUACAAUCAAUGUUCAAAUCAGUACUUCAGCUUACUUCUGUCUCAUUCACGUGAAUUAAUGCAAAGUUACACCCAUACACCCUGACUUCUGUGGUCUCAGCUUGGUUUGAUUUAUCUCAUUAAAGCUUUUCUUGUCCUUUGCAUCCUUAUGGAUUCUGCUUUUGUAAAGAUGAUCAGGUGAUGGGAGUUGGUACCAGACAAUCUACUACAGUGGCAGCUUGAGAUGAUCUGCAUUAUUUGAGUUCUUAUUGUUUUUAUCGUGUUAAUCUGGACUGUUUGAAUGUGGCGACAUAAUCUGGUGAGACCAAACCAGAGCAGUGAAUAGUUUUCUGGAGAAAAACAUUUUACAUAGCAAAUUCAAAAGAGUUGGACAGAUAACUCAGGUAGGAAUAUUUGCAUUUUUACAUUAAAAGUAGCCAGUAUGAAAGACACGGGACUUGAAAUUCUAGGAAAAUGAUGGUAGUGUAAUUACAGUAAGGGGAGAUUUUACCAAAAGGCCCUGAUGAGUAAGCACAAGUAUAUUUAACCCAAAAUGUUUUUUUAAGCACCAUUUAAUCAUAAUGGACUUUUUUGUUUUCCUGGUUUCAAUGAACUGAAUAAGUAGGGGGUUUAGCAUUCCUAGCUUGGCUAAAAACAGAAAGACUCGAUAUAAUGUUUGUGGUUCAGUCAUUACUUGUGAUAUGUUGGAAAACAGCAGCAUAUGUUACGUAUGAGAGCAUCAGCAUUUUAAAUACUUCUCUCCUCGCUCUGUGUAGAUAAAUACUAUUUACAUAUGUACAGAAUACCCUUAUUCAACUGUACAUUGGUAAGAUUUAUAGCUAUUUAUGAUGGAGAGUAAUAUAUAUAAACCUGUGUAAAAGUUUACUGCGAACAAAUGCUCCAAUGCUAGCUAAAGAUGUUGCUGCGAAAGAUGUGGCUGGUUAUGUUAUAUGGUUCACUCCUAUUAGAUUUAGGUGCAAGCGUCGAAUCACAGACAAACUCUUUUUUGUGUAGAUAGGGGGGAACUGUUAGCUAGGCUCAUUUCCCCAACGGGGAAUGAUGUCAUAGUGUCUGUCUCUAAAGGUGACCUCCCCAAAGAUUUUAUUCGCUUUUGCAAAUAAGACACUCUUAAAGCACAAAAAGACAGAUUUCGUUAACUAAAACUGACUUUAUGUUCACAAUAUCUCAGUUCAUUUGUUUUUAAGUAUUCUCUUCUGCGCCAAGACAAUGCAUGAGACCAAGGUGGAGGCCUUACCAAACUCUCUAUGUAGCAACAUCGUGCUGUACAGCCUAUCUGUUUGUCCGUCUGAAUAUCCUGUGCAUAUAUCACCUACGAUGACAAGAACUUUUGAUAUCAUUAUUGAGUGAUAUACUGAUAUCUAACUUUAGAUUCUAGUGGAUGAGAAAAGACAAAAAGUGUGCUUUAUUUAGCUAUUGUAUGUGACAAGUGUUUCCAGUUAUUGGUUUUAUUGAUUUUUUUUUUCAAUACACUGUGCAUUGCUUAGUAGCAAAAGGAAAACACUGUAGUUUCAGUAGUGAGUCACAAGCACCAAAACUUGAUGUGAAAUAAAAAAUUACAAACCUAUGAAUAUACAGUAUAUAUCUAUACAGUAUAUAUAUAAAUAUAUAUAUAUACACAGAAGUUGAUAGUUUUUAUGAUUUUAUGUUGUUGCUCUGGACUGUAAUAUAGUAAUAGUAUUACAUUUGUUUGUAGAAUACAAGUUGCACGUUAUGCAACUCUAAAGAAACCCUUGAUGCCGUUCACCACUAAUGACUACUGGUGAACUUUGACCUUUUAAACUUUUAGUCAGAGGCAUUAUGAACCUGAAAUACACCAGCUGAAGUCAAGGACAGUGCCUUUAUUUUUCUACCGAGUCAUUCAGAAUGACCAACGCGUCUCUAAAUUACGAAACUGUCGGCGUGAUGUAAUGAGAUCAGAACUUGACCAACCAAUCAAAAAACCAAUGCCAUUGAUCACAGUUUUUUUACAAUGUUGUUUAUAUAUGUUAAAAAAACCCUGAUAACUUAUUGUUUUAUUGUAGUUGUCUAAACUAGUUAACUAAUCUGAGCAAAUAACAACUGGAAAAGGCGAAAAGAUGAUGCAUAUAACAAAAUCUUUUUUAUUUAACAUGCACGUUAGUUAAUAAUCUGUUAAAUGCAACAUUAUAUUCUAUACCCAGCAAGCGAUUUUGCAUUUAAAAGAUGUCUAAUUGAUGUCCAAACAACGAAUGUCUAGGCUAAAACAAGGCCAAAUUUGGGCUGUCAGUAAAAAUGUAAUAGACGUCUUAUCUCAAAAAUAAAUGAAAUAAAAUAAAUAAACACAUUACCCCAAACACCUUGUAAUUACUGUUGACUUUGCUGUAACACUUAACUUAAAGGGGUGCUCAUAAGACUGACGUGUGGCAUGAACAUAAAGGAGAUUUUAUGCAUGUUUAUGACAUCUGUCAUUAAGUGCAAUUCAUUCAAUUAUGCAAUUUUAAUGCAAAGAUGACAUUGUUUGUCUUUGUUAUGUCAACUUGACAUUACCAAGAUAACAUAACUGACCACUUUUUACCAGUUUACCACUUUUUGAUACAAAUUUAAUUUAUAUGUUAUGUUAAUACUCAUAUAUAGUUUCAUAGCAGCGUCAUAAAUAUUUUUCUUGACCUCAACUACAGUGAUACAAACAUAAUUUGUCAUUAAGUGUUAAUACUCUGUCAAAUUGUUUAAUAAUAACGUCAUGAAAAUUCUUCAGUUCAUAAUUUUUUUUAGUUUCCUCCAUGUGUUUAACAAAUAAAAUCAAUCAUAUAAUAAUAAUAAUAAUAAUAAUAAUAAUAAUAAUAAUAAUAAUAAUAAUAAACAAAAUGAAUAAUUAUAUUUUAUUGCAUUUGGAGACUAAAAUUAAAUGAAAACAAUAAUGGGUUAAGCCAUGCAGUGUUCUGUCCAUAUCGCUCAGAAAACAGUUCAUUACAUUCAGUUAAUUAAUUAAAUGUUUUUUUUUUCUAUGUCAGAAAAUUUCAGACCUUCUGUGUGAGGAAGAACAAGUUCUGUUAGUUUUUUAUGUAUUGUGUACAUACAUAAAGUUAAGUAUAAUAUUUUAACGUGUCUGUUGCAUUUUGUUAUGGUAUUUAAAAUUAUUUGAUAGAGUAUUAUUAACACUUAAUGACAUUUAAAUGACAGUUUAAUGUAAUGUUAACCUAUAAAGUUAGAUCGUUUUUAAGUUUGAUAAAUAUUCUGCUAUGUCAUGUUUACGACAGAUUUAUGAUAAGUUAUGAUGUAUUGGUUUAUGUCAAGUUGUCAUAACAAAGACAUUUCAAACAUUAAAAAUGACAUAAUUGAACAAAUGACACUUAAAGACAGUUGUCAUAAAUGUGCAUAAAAUGUUUAUGGCACGUGUCAUGUCAUGAUUAUGAAGGUGUCAUGUCAGUCUUAUGAACACCUCUUUAAGUAAAGUGUUACCGACUUGACAUUCAACUAAAUUCAAGUUUAUUUGGCUAGAAAUGGGGUACUCAUAGCCAGACUAUCCUAUCGCUGUAAAAAGUAAAAGUCGGAUCUACUUAAACAAAUUACUUCAAUUGGUAGCACUUAAAAAAAUUAAGUAUCGUCAACCAAAAAAAUCACCUAUAAAAUUUCAGUUUAAAAUAAUCUUUUUUUACCAGAUGAAGUAAUUUUUAAGUUAAUCUAUCUUUCACUUUUCACAGUGUAGUUAACAUAGAUGGUUAAAUGGCAGCAAUUGCUUGCUGAUUAUCCUCCAUUACCCAUACAAAGGUAGCUGCCAAGAAAUUUAAACUCAAAGCAAACUGAUUAUAAAAUGUGUAGCCAAGAAAAUCACUUUAAAAUUAAUUUGCAGAAAAAAACACAUUUUUUAUGCUGUCAUUUUAUAAUGAAAGUGAAUGUUAAAAUGAAGUCCCUUUACAAUGAAAACAUUUUAAUGCUUAUUAGUUUAAUACGUGCAUAAAUAUGUCAGUCAUACCUUCUCGCUUUAUUACUCUACAACUGAUUCAGACCAUGUUUGCUCAAAUCGAAAAUUCCUGUUAGCUCAAAGUAUACACACACAGUCCCCUUUUGUCCUUUAUCAGGGCAUGAAUAUGCCACACCUCCCCAUCAGCACGAUCAAAACCUGAUGUGCCAUCAAAAUCAAACACCCCUUAUUCUCAUCUCUUCUUAUUUCAAUUCCUUAUUUCCACCCCCUACUCCAUCUGACUUUCUUUGUCUCGCUGGUGCACCUAUAAUCUUAUCAGAUCUGCCCAACCUUCUUUUCCAAUGCCAUCAGAAUUAAGAACUCUACAAGUUGGCUAUAGAUCGCCUCGCUUUACUGUUCAGAAAAUCAUCCAUUUUCAUUUGAAAGAUUAUGGUUGUGUAAUUAAUAAUAAUUUUGUUAACUUGAAAGUAACAUGAUAAAUAUCAAGCACCAUAUUGGCAUUUAAUUAAAUUAAUUUAGAUCUUAAUUGCACAUAUGUUUACUUUGGUGCAUUAUUUGAAUCACAUGCAUUUUAAAUUGUUUAAACUUUGCAAAAGUGCAAGUUUUUAUUUUAGGGUCAUUUAAUGUGUUAUUUUUCAUUCAGGGUCAUUUACAAAAUGUGGCAAAAUUAAUUAGAUUUUAAAUACCUUAACAAAGUUUACCAUCUGAAUGGUUUACACUUUUCCUCAAUUAAAAAUUGAUUUGAUAAAAUGGUAAUUAGUGUCUUUCAAAAGAGGGCUUCAUUUUCCAAAUAGGGAAACAAUUUUUGCUCAUAAUCCUACCACAGGAAUCCACUCUAUGAUGUAUUGAUUCUUAAAUCAGAGAGCGUACAUCUAUGUCAACAUGAAACUUUUCCCAGUAAAAAAGCAGACUUGAAAUGACUUGGUUAUCACCUUAUUGUGGCCUUCUGUGUACAAUCGGAAGCUCCUUCUGUAUUUACUUGCUAAUUGUUUCUUUCCCAAGUAUUUUUUACAAAGUUUUUGAAAAUUAAAGAUUUUGAGAAAGUUUAAAACGUUUUGACAAAUUUGAUAAUACUCAAAGAAAAAAGACAAACAUUUAGACCAAUAUCACAACUGUAGCAUCGGCAAGUUUAGAGAUGCCCGGUUUAAAAGUAUUCUUUGGUAAGCAUUGCAAAAACAUAAUAAAACAUGAAACAAGAUAUGAAAUAACCUACAUAAUAGAAAGGUGAAGGAAAUAGUUAUUUGCAACAAGACUGAACUGCUUCUUUAAGAAAUGUGUAUGUUUUUUAUUGAAUUUUCUAGUAGUAAAUAAAUCUUGGUGUUUUUCUCUGCGUGUCGUGUGUUGUCUUAAUAUUUGAAUGUAUUUACUGCGAAACCAAAUUUGCCAAAGAUGUCAUCCCACUUGAUUUCACUCUUUUUGGGUUUUCAUUUUAUUAAGAUCUGUCGACAAACUGGAAAUAAAUGUGAUUUGAUAUUGAUUUUCUAAUGGAAUUAUAUUGUUAAUAUUAUAUUACUACUUUUGGUUGUUUGUUUGUUUGUUUGUUUUACUGUUGUUCAGGGUUAUUUUAAGUGAAAUGUUCAAUUGUCUGGCAUUCAUCAAACCCUAAUACAGGGUCAUAGGUUACUCUGUGUAUGUGCAUAUGAGUGAAUGUUGUUUGUGAAUUAUCAAUUUACGUAUGUUGUAAUGUGAAACUAAGAAGUAAUUAUUUGUAAAUAUUGGCCAUAAUUUUAUUGGUUCAUCAGAAUAAAGGUACUUUUUUAAGUUCA